AGGAUGAUGCGUUGCCAAGUUCUUGAUUGAGGAGUUGAAGCUUGAUGUCAAUGUGAAGGAUGAGGAUGGUGAGACUCCUCUUCUCCAUGCUUCACGACAAGGACACAUACACAUGGCAAAAUAUCUUUUGGAGAAAGGGGCAGAUCCUUCUGCUUCCAGUGAAUUAGGAGUCACACCUCUGCAUCAUGCGGCUGGAAUAGGAAACAUUGAGUUGCUGAAUCUUCUACUUUCAAGAGAAGUUGAUGUGGAAUCUCAUAGUGAUUCUGGCACUCCAUUGGUCUGGGCUGCUGGUCAUGGGCAGCAAGAAGCAGUGAAGGUUUUGUUAGAACACCAUGCUAAUCCAAAUACUGAAACAGAUGACGGAAUUACUCCAUUGUUGUCAGCCGUUGCGGCUGGAUCAUUGUCAUGCUUGGAGCUACUUAUUCAGGCAGGUGCUAAUCCUAACAUCAAAGCAGGUGGAAUAACUCCAUUGCACAUUGCGGCAGAUCUAGGGAGCAAAGAAAUUCUCAAUUGUUUACUAAAAGCUGGGGCAGAUCCUAAUAUUCCUGACGAGGAUGGCCAAAAGCCAAUACAGGUUGCUGCUGUUAGAGGCAACAGUGAAGCUGUUAAAGUUCUUUUUCCACUGACAUCCCCUGUUAAAGAUAUAUCAAACUGGAGCAUUGAUGGAGUCAUUGAACACAUGCAGUCCGAUUCAAGUAAAGAAUUGGAAAGUGCAAAAGAACCAGAAAUGCCAACGAAAACCAGUUCUCAGAGGCCGCAAAUUGUUGAGGUAACACCUGAGGCGAAGGAGAAAUCCUUGGAAGCUAAAUCCAGAGGUGAUGAUGCAUUCAAAAGAAAAGAUUAUCUCAUGGCAAUAGAUGCAUAUACACAGGCUAUUGAUCUUAACCCCAAUGAAGCAACCUUGCUAUCCAAUAGAAGCCUUUGUUGGAUCCAAUUGGGACAAGCAGAGCAUGCCUUAGCUGAUGCCAGGGCUUGCAGGCAGCUAAGGCCUGACUGGUCUAAAGCAUGCUACAGGGAAGGUUCAGCGCUCCUUUUAUUGCAGAGGUUUGAUGAAGCAGCAAAUGCCUUUUAUGAAGGUGUACAGCUUGAUCCUGAAAAUAAGGAGCUUGUAAAGGCCUUCAGGGAAGCUGUGGAAGCUGGAAGGAAAUUUCAUGGCACGGAUAAAAGCCAAAACGGUGAUACUAAAAAUGGGUAAUUAGUUUUAAUUUUUAAGCUCGACACUUCUGCAGUGUCCCAAAGGAGUGAUAUUUGUGAGGCUGGUGCUUAUGUAGAAUAUGUACCAUUAUUCACUAUUAUUAUUUUGACAUUUUAUGGCCUCAAAACUGAAGGAUGAUCAUGUGACUUUUACAAAGUGAUCUGUGUAGUGAAAUUUUGGCUAUGGACUAGCUCUUUAAAUAAGAUAAGUUAUUAUA